AUGAAGAUCAUGCAGGCGCUGAUCAACAAGCGAUUUGACUUUGUUUAUGGCGACGCACACGGAGUUGCACACGUACUGGACCCUCGUUUCUGUGGCGCUCAAAUGGAUACGGAAACGCGGUCCAGUGUGGAGGAAUUCAUCACGGAGUGGCGCGGUAUUAAUAAAGAACAAGGCGAAGCCACCGCAGACGCCGUUGUUAUCGAGCUUGUGCGGUUCCAACGCUUUACUGCGGAGCUGAAGGUGAAUGCCCAACGAAUGUGGACCCAGCUGAAAAACGGCAAGCUUGCUGUGUACGACUUUUGGUGUCCCCUAAAACAGUUUUCUCUUCUCCAAGACAUUGCCAAGCAAGUGUUUCCCUGUACAGCUGGGAGUUCGGCAGCUGAGAGGAAUUUCUCCGCUCAUGGCUUUACCAUUCAUAGCUACGCAACCAUCUUGCUCCAGAACGAGUUGAAAAACUUGUUCACAUCUACUUCAACGUUCGCAACAUUCAAGAUGAAGAUAUUGAAGUGUACACAGAGCUGGAUGACGUUUUGCGCCUGA